AUGGCUCACAGUGGACUAAGUGAUGCAGAAUAUAGAAACUGGGUUACUGUUGGUCGAGCAAUCCAGAUUACCCGAAACGGCUUAGAAACCAUAAUUCAAAAUGCUGCUGACAAGUACCACAAUUCACUGCUUGCAACUUUGCCACAUAAUGUACCAACGUGGAAAUCUCACUUGGAGAAUGCCCAUCGAUCACGUGAUAAAAGAAACAUAUCCUGGAGCAACAGUGACAAAACUCAGUGGUUGACCGUUGGUGCCUCAUGGGAGAUUGCUAAGAUUUUCAUGGCUUUCUUGGGAAAGGGAAAACUUGAUGUAGUCAACGCCAAAACUACUGAUAUAUCGGGACUGUUGAAUGUAUUAGAAUGGUCUCCGAGAGGGACAAAUGGUAUGUUCAACACAGGUGUCGAUCUCUCGAAAAUAGCAGCGGCAAGAACUGCUAGGAAUCUUUGGGCACAUGCACCGUCGCUGCAUAUAAGUGAUGCUGAUAAAGUCGACGCGUUGAAAUUUUUAACCUCGCUUCUUCAAGAUCCAGAAUUAAACGGUGACAAAGAUGUCCAAGACGCCAUAAAAGAGCUUAGUAGUUUAUCCCACACUGGUCUAGCAGUUAUCGAAGAGAAAGAAUUGGAAUUAUUCGUUCAGUUACGACGUGAACUUGGUCAGGAUAUGGUCAGUUUGGAAAGUGAUAAGACUUUUUGGAAGAAACAAGUGCAGGCAACCUUGGAGCAGAUUAAAGAUCUGAGGAAAGGCUUGGAUGAAUUUAUAAAGAAAAACGGAAUACAAGACGCCCUGAAAACUGUCGAGAAAAGAAUCAAUCGCUUGGAAAAUUCUACCAUUACUACCAACAGCCGGCUGGAAAAGCUAGAAGCUAUAUCAGAGUCACAGCAAUUCUCUUGUGACGUGAAGCAGGAGCUAAAGUUCAACCCAGUCUCUGAACAGAUGAAGGAAGAAUUUGUCGGUCGUGAGUGGUUGUUCAGUGAGAUUCACAAUUGGUUAAAAAAAGACCUCAGGCCUCCGGAGUCUCGUGCCUUCCUUAUCUGGGGUGGUGCUGGAACAGGCAAAAGCUCGUUCGCCCAAGAGUUUGUCCGUCGGCACGAGGGAGAGAAUUUGGCUGGAUACCAUUACUGCCAAAAAGAUAAUCCUCGCACCUGCGAUUUGAAAUCGUUAGUCUAUAGUCUCAGCAGUAUGCUAUCGACGAGUCUUCCCGAAUAUGCUACCUUGGUUGGGAAACUACAGACUGAUAAAUUUGAAAAUUAUCCUAAUGCAUUGUUCGAUUUGUUAAUUACCACACCAUUGCAGCAAUUGAAUGAAAAUACCAAACAUUUUCUUAUCAUCGAUGGCUUGGAUGAAGGAGAGUCCAUGAUUGCUUCUUGCCUUGCCAGAUUAUCAGGAACACUUCCUUCGUGGCUUCGCGUCAUUUUGACUGCAAGACACAAUGCUCCCGCUCUAUCGGGCCUUUUUUUAAAUUCCACCUCUGCUAAACUAGACCAAUUUGAGACUAGUCCCAAGUCCCUGUCUAGCAAAGAUAUUCGUGAAUUUGUCUCCAUGAAGUACAGAAAACUUCAAACUGAAUAUAAAUGUAUUCCUUCUUUCUUUGCUAAUGACGAGCAGGUAGGCAAAGAGAAAAUAGUUCAGGCUAGUCAGAAUUGCUUUCUUUAUGCUAAACUAGUGAUGGAACACAUCUUUGAUGGUCAUAGUGAAAUUGGUUUGCCUGCCUCGUUAUCUGAGAUUUACUGUUUGGACUUCAGGCGUCACUUUUCAGAUAUAGAAUUCUUUGAGAGAAACGUUGCACCUGUGCUUCAGAUUGUGCUUGCCAUUCAAUCUGCUAAGGCUUUUAUAGAUACAGAGAUUGAUAUAAAAAAUCGGUUAAAUUUCGCAACUUCCUAUCCUUCCUGA